AUGCCCUCUUCCAUAUCUGAUAUCAAUGACCAAUCAGCAUCUUCUGAUGGAUACAUCUCCAUGGGGAACGUUCAGAGCCUCCGUGCAGAGGAUGGAGACACUGCUCGGGAGCUGUGCCCCGGGAUCAACAACCGGCCCUACGUCUGUGAGACCGGCCACUGCUGCGGGGAGACGGGCUGCUGCACCUACUACUAUGAAUUGUGGUGGUUCUGGCUGCUGUGGUCGUUGCUGAUCCUCCUCAGCUGUUGCUGUGCAUAUCGCCAUCGCCGUGCCAAGUUACGCCUGCAGCAGCAACAGCGACAGCGUGAGAUCAACCUCAUUGCUUACCAGAGUGCCUACCAUUACUCCCCCUCAAUGCUAGAUCUCCGGGUUUUGGCAUCAUGUAAGCUUCCUGCCUACGAAGAGGUUGCAUACCGUCCCACCACACCACCACCUCCAUAUAGCUCCAUCCUUAACCAGUUGGACCUUCCUUGUUCUUCUCCUCUACCCCCUCCACCUUCAGAUGGUGUCUCCUCCUGCCCCAGCUCCGAUCUUUCCAGCAGCUGCUCGUGUGGUUCAGACUGUGUGACAUCAGCCAGCAUCUCCUCCUUCUCUGUGCAGGUUACAGAUGAAACUGGCACUAGCGCAGGCAGUACACCUAGUGAGGGGGGCAGUUGGCCCCAGUGCCCAGAGGAAGAGGAGGAGCAGGAGGAGGAAGUGGUGGGUGAGGUGGAGUCAAGUGUCCUUCACAAGCAGGCUGUCUUCUCCUCCUAUGUGGAUUUCUUUGAAGGCAAUGGAUACCAGUGUUGGGAUAUUGAGGAGGAGGAGGAGGAGGAAGAGGAGGAAGAAGAAGAACAUUACAGACACCGUAGGCUGACUGGGGACUCUGGGAUAGAGGUGUGCCUCUGCCAGAUUCAAGGGGACGAGGAGGAAAGAGAAAGGCUGCAAGAUAAUCCAGGAUGCCCUGCAAGGAAUAAAGUGUCAGAGCCCCAAUGUAAUGAGGGGGUUACUGAGCCCAACUCUCCAGUCCAACCCGUGUGAAAGUCUGUGAGGACGCCUAUUUUUUUUUUUGUAUUAGAAAUACCUCCUGGCCCAUCUUUUGGUGAUUUUUGAUGUUGGAAAAACUGAACUUGUGCAGACUUUCUCAGAUUAAGUAAUGGAGAAGCUCUGUCUGUUUCUCAAUGUGCACUGUGACCUAAACUAAACUUGUCAUAAAGAGAAUUUCCUACAUGUAAACUC